AUGUCUACUAGAGGUAGAGGCAGGAGAGGCGGCAGCGUCAGAGGCAGGGGUGAAAUUCCAACUGGGAACCCAAGUGCAAACGACAAUAAUGCUGGAAAUGCCGUACCGGCGAAUACACCAAACGUUCCACCCACCCAGCCUAUCCCGGAACAAUUUAUGAAUGAAGUAGUCAAUACUUUAAAGGUGAUGGCCAACGCAUUUGGACAAGGAAAUCCUGCACAAGUAGUUGGAGAUAAUCCGGCACCAGCUUCCAUAGCUUUGAGAGAGUUUUUACGUCUAGACACGCCCACAUUUCAUGGUGAGCCAGACCCUUUAGCAGCAGAGGAGUGGUUGGAGCAGAUUACCCGUAAUUUAGAUACUUCGAGGAUCACUGAUGGCGGUAUGAGAGUGUCUUUUGCUGUACACCAACUGAAAGGCGAUGCAUACCAUUGGUGGAAACGUGUGAAGUUGACCGUUGCUGAUAAUUUCGAGACCUUCUCUAGAGUCUUCUUAGAUAGGUACUUUCCAGAGACGACUAGGGAUACAUUUCGACAGCAAUUCAUGGACCUUAUUCAGGGUAAUAUGAGUGUUGCCCAUUAUGAGGCCAAGUUUACAUCCCUAGCACGUUUUGCGAACGAGCUUGUUUCAACUGAGGAGUUGAGGUGCAAAAGAUUUGAGAGGGGUUUGAAGAUAUCUAUUAGGGAGCGACUUGCAGCGUUAAGGAUUCGUACGUAUUCUGAUAUUGUUGAUACUGCAGCCACAGUGGAGGAGACUCUCCAGGACACAAGGAGAAUUCGAGAUUCUAGGCCGCAACAGGGAGGCAACACAAUAGAUUCUGAAGGUCGUUUUGCUAAACGACAAAAAUCCUCCAACUCCGUUUCACAUGCUCAAGGAAAACAUCAAUCUUCAAAGUCGGUUCACGUCGAGUCGAUAGCUCCUACUGCACAUACUCCUCAGAGUACAACAUGUUACCAUUGUCACCAACCGGGACAUCGUCGAUAUGACUGCCCUCAGAGAGAGAAACGAGCUGGUCAACUUCAAAGACCCUAUCAAGGGCAACCUCAAGGAAUAAUACAGAGUAAUAGACCCCCGACAUGCUAUAGUUGUGGUGAAGCUGGACAUAUUAGUCGUUAUUGCCCUCAGAGCCAAGGUACGCCGAACAUGGCUAAAUCAUACCCGCCUACUCAUUCCACACAAUCCGCACCAGUACGCCAAGAGUAUAGGCCACCACAACAUGGACUUUCUUCUCAGCAGCCACGAACACAUGUAGGUGGCAAGCAAGGCCACGGAGGUCAUGGAACUCAAGGUCGUGUGUAUUCAGUUGUGAGAGCACCCAAUCUUGCAGAGGAAUCCUCAAAUCCUUCAGUCGCUCAAGGUACAUUUUUAGUGUUUAAUUCUUGGGCAUCUGUUCUUAUUGAUACUGGAGCAUCUCAUUCAUUCAUAUCUUUGGCAUUUGCGUUAUCCUUGGGUUUAAAAAUUGAAGCUUUGGAUGUCCCUUUGUGUAUAGAUACUCCGGUUAGUGGUGGGGUUACUUUAAGGGAGAUUUGUAGAUCUUGUGAGAUAAAGAUUGCAGAUCAUUCCUUAGUUUUUGACUUGAUUAUAUUAGACAUGGUCAGUUUUGACGUUAUUCUUGGGAUGGAUUGGCUAAGUGCCUAUCGUGCUAACAUUGAUUGUUAUAGAAGGAGAGUCACUGUCUCGACAGCCAGAGGCAGUUAUUCUUAUUCUUUUGGUAAUAAAAGGGAUGUUCUAAAUUCAUCCAUGAAUUGGUUACGUACUAGUAAGAGAUCCAAUAUUCUCCUUUCUAUUUUAGCCGACGAAGUAGGUUCGACAAGUAAAGACCUUCCACAUGUAGUAUGCAAUUUCUCGGACGUUUUUCCAGAAGACUUGCAUGGUGUGGCACCACACCGUGAGGUCGAGUUUUCUAUUGAUCUUAUUCCUGGUACAACUCCAAUUUCUAUGGCUCCCUAUAGAUUUGCUCCAGCGGAGUUGAGUGAGUUAAAGGUGCAACUUCAAGAAUUACUAGAUAAAGGCUUUAUUCGCCCUAGUACUUCACCGUGGGGAGCUCCUGCUUUGUUCGUGAAGAAGAAGGAUGGUCACCGGAACUAG